AUGCCACACAAGUUUCAGGUGCCUUUCGUGGAGCCCACUCAUGUUCACGUCCAUGCGGUGGUGGGGGUCCUGGGUGACGAUACCGAUCCCAUGGUGACGGUGAUGAAGUUGGACAAGGCGCCUCAGGAGACGUAUGCCGAUAUUGGAGGCCUGGAUCAACAGAUCCAGGAGAUCAAGGAGUCCGUCGAACUGCCCCUCACUCAUCCCGAGUACUACGAAGAGAUGGGGAUCAAACCGCCCAAAGGUGUCAUCCUCUACGGUCCACCGGGUAGGUCGAGCGGUUUUGAUGAUUUUCGUUAGAUGUCACCCGAAUGC